AUGAUUAUUGGGAAAGCUUACAGUACCGUUAACGUCAGCAAUGGAACAGAUCUAGCUAUUGGCUUUACCUCUUCCACAGUAGCUGUCCUUCUGUUUGGGACAAACUUUGUCCCUGUUAAGAAGUUUGAUACUGGUGAUGGCAUGUUCUUCCAAUGGAUUCUCUGUGCCUCUAUAUGGAUAGUUUCUUUGGUGGUCAAUUUGAUCCAGAAUUGCCCUCGGUUUUGGCCUCUGGCUAUGGUUGGAGGUUUUGUGUGGGCUACAGGCAAUGUUACAGUUGUCCCUAUUGUUAAAACUAUUGGCUUAGCUCUUGGUCUUUUGAUAUGGGCUUCUUUUAAUUUGCUGACAGGUUGGGCAAGUUCAAGGUUUGGUUGGUUUGGAAUUGACCCAGAAGAGGUAUCAAGACCAAUCUUAAAUUAUAUUGGAGCUGGACUUUCACUAUUAAGUGCUGUCAUAUUUCUUUUUAUAAAAACUGAAGUCCAGAGUUCUUCAGCUUCAUUAGAAAGCACUCCGUUACUGAGAGAAAGUUCUAUUAAUGUUUCUGAAGAUGACUCUGAUGACUCAUGGGUGAACAGACUUUCUCCAGCAAAAAAGAGACUCAUAGGAUGUAGCCUGGCUGUAGUUGCUGGAAUACUCUACGGUUCCAGUUUUGUACCAGUACUUUACAUCAAGGACCAUGGAAGAAGAAAUGAAACUAUAUACACAGGAGCAAGUCAGUUUGAUUUAGAUUAUGUUUUUGCACACUUCAGUGGAAUAUUUCUUACAAGUACCAUCUACUUUUUGAUCUACUGUGCAGUCAAGAAAAAUAAACCUAAUGUUUAUCCACAAGCCAUAUUGCCCGGGUUUGUUUCUGGUGUGCUUUGGGCGAUAGCCAACUGCUGCUGGUUCAUAGCCAAUCACUAUCUCAGUGCUGUGGUCAGCUUUCCAAUAAUUACUGCAGGUCCUGGCCUUGUUGCUGCAAUGUGGGGUGUCCUUGUAUUUAAGGAAAUCAAGGGACUGAAAAACUACGUGUUGCUGUCAGUAUCAUUUUGCAUCAUUAUGGCUGGCUCACUUUCCACAGCUUUUUCUAAAGUUUGA